AUGUUACUGGUUAAUAAAGGAACUAAAGGUUAUUAUCAUGAUGAAGAAACCAAUGAAAUUUAUCAAGAUAAUAUUGGUUUAGAUUUUAAGCUUAAUGGGUAUUUGAGUUGUCAGAAACCGGAAAUAUCUCGAACCUUAUGUUCUGAAGACGCUAAACCCCUUAAAUUGAAUUUCCAACCAUGGGGUGAUAUAGAACCCUUCAUUGAUAUUGACACUGACAUUUAUUAUGAUGACUUUAGGAACGAAGCCCCUCGGUUAGAUUACCAAAUUUGGUCCCAAGAUAAGCCUACUCACAUUGAAAAUGAUAUAAUCGAUGAGUUCAAAUACAGCUCAACUUCUAGUAGUUCACCAGAUCACUAUACUAAUUUAGAUUUCCAAAAUGCAUGGGACCACCUGGAUAGAGAUAAUUGUCUGUCUAGAAUUUCUUCGUUAUCUGAACUUUCAGGAACUUUAGAAUCUAAUUCGAAGAAUUCUUUUGAUAGUGUUGUUUCAGCUAUUGAAAUGUACUUGAACGAGAACUUUGAUAAUGUGCCAUCAACUGAUUCCUUAGUAGUCACCCAUAAAAGCAAACAAAUAAUCCCAAAAAAGCAUUUCAAAAACAAUUUAAAAACUGCAUCCAAGGGAUUAUAUAAUAUUUCAAGUGUUGCAUCCAAAUUACCAUCGACCUCAAUAAUUCCACGGUUUAAGGAUUCCAGUAAUAUAGCUGAGUCAUUGAUUGAUACCUUCCGUGAUACAGUUGACCAUAAGAAAAAAUACAGUUGUAAUCAUUGUGAUGAAUCAAUCACUUCUCUUAAAGGUCUAAUUCUUCACUACGAGGAACAUAACUUAUUCAGGCAUUUAAAAUAUCGUUGUGUGGUUAAUGAAUGUCCUUUCAAAAUUAUUGGGUUUAACAAAAAGAUCCUGCUCAGGAAACACUUGAUAAUCGAACAUUUCAAUGGCAAGGAUCCUUCAAACAACAUCAAAAAUAAGCAAGAACAUGAAUUAGUCAAACAGUUGUUAUUCAUCUGCCCAAAAUGUGAUAAACUAUUCAGUAGAAGAGAUACUUCUCAAAGACAUGAGAAAACUGUUCAUAAACCAAAAGUCAAGAGAAAAAGAUGA